CCCGAGGCGCGGGAGGAGGCGGGAGCUCCGGAGGCUGCGGAGGGGGCGGGUCGCGUCAGGCGCCACGUCCGCAGCCAGAGGCCGCCGCUGCCGCCGCCGCCUCGCACCGAGAUUCUUCCGACUUCUGAGCCGGGAGAAGAGCAUCUGGGUCGCGUAGCCGCCCCGGGCCGCAUCAGGGCCUCUGCUGCCCCGGCCGCUUCUGCUGUCCUCCGUGCCACGGCUCCCUCCUCCCGGCCGCAGGUCCCGGCCUCGACCCCGCGGUGAUCAUGAAUCAGGCAGAUAAAAAUCAAGAAAUUCCAUCUUACCUUAGUGAUGAACCCCCAGAAGGGUCAAUGAAAGAUCACCCGCAGCAGCAGCCAGGAAUGUUGUCUCGUGUGACUGGAGGUAUCUUCAGUGUUACAAAGGGAGCUGUUGGUGCCACCAUUGGUGGUGUGGCUUGGAUUGGUGGAAAGAGUCUGGAAGUGACCAAAACAGCUGUUACAACUGUGCCUUCCAUGGGAAUAGGGCUGGUGAAAGGAGGCGUGUCUGCUGUGGCUGGAGGUGUGACAGCUGUUGGGUCUGCAGUUGUAAACAAAGUGCCCUUAUCAGGAAAGAAGAAAGACAAGUCNGAUUGAGAGAGAAGUACACUUGCUCUCCACAGCAUAUGAUGCCAGUGGCAUUGAACAGCUCAAUUACAGACUACAACCAAGUCAACCGCUAAACUGCUGUGUUGAAAGUAUUGGUGACUGGCUGCNUCUAAAACAAGAAGAGUCCAGUACGACCACAGUGNCUGAAGGCUUCUCAUCCUUAAGUUCAGCUUUUUAUCUGGUAAAACGUUACACUUGUUCAGUUGUAACUGAAGAUAUGGUAUGUUUAAAUAUUUGCUCUAAGUCUUUCAGUUUGACUAAAAAAUGUGAAAGUUCAACUUAGUAGAUGGUUUUACAGUUCCNUGUGUACAGUGUGCCAGGUANCUCACAUGACCCUUACAAAGGGACUCNAACUACAUAAACUGUACCUUUGAUGUGCCUAAUAGUUUCAGAUGUCUUAGUUUUUUAUAACUAUAGUGGUUUAGGCCAAGAGGCAUUCUUAUUUAAGCUNGCAAAAAAGUAGCAGGAAUUCAAAAGUUUAGAAGACAAAUGUUUUUAUGAUACUGUUAAUUGUUUUGUUUUGGGUUUUUUUUUUUUUUGGUUAGAUAAGCAUUCUGUUUGUUUAAUCAUUGAUGCCUUACAAAAGAAAACAUCUUUUCUAAUAAUCUUAAAUAUGUGCAGUUCUUAUAAUUAUCAGUGAACUCUUUUAAAGGUUGUAAAUCUAGUUUCCCUCUUACAAAUCUCAGGAGUAUUGAGGUAAAGGAGUUCCCUGGUGCCAGUGGGUAAGAGUGCUUAUCAGCAGUUGUGAAUAGUUAACAUGAAACGUGCUUUAGUAGUUGGAUUCAUGGUCCCAUCAUUAAUACACCCCACAGUAGCUAUGCAACAUUGCUUAGCUCAUCAAAAGCUGUGUGGGAAGUUUCAUAUUGAGAAGGAAUAAUUUUUUUUUUUUUUUGAGACAGGGUUUCUCUGUAUAACCCUGGCUGUCCUGGAACUCACUUUGUAGACCAGGCUGGCCUCGAACUCAGAAAUUCGCCUGCCUCUGCCUCCCGAGUGCUGGGAUUAAAGGUGUGUACCACCACGCCUGACAAAUAUUAAUUUUUAAGUUCUUAUAAUUAUCCUAAGAAUCUAAGAUAAUCCUUCAUGCUUAUUCUUUCUUUAGGAUGUCUUAAAUUAUUACAAGUAAUUCCUUUAAAAAUACAAUAAAAUCAACCAUUAAUAUAUGAGGAUUGACUCUUCAAAUGAAUGAGAUGGGUUCCAUACAUUGGCUUUGAAUUAAAAAAAAUAGAUAAGUGCUUUCAAUGAUGUAUUUAGGGUUUUGUUGUUGUUGUUGUUGUUUUCCUUUGAGAUGGGGUCUUCUAAAGCCCAGGCUGGUCUUGAACUGGAUAUGUAGCUGAGGAUAUUCUUGCGCUUCUAAUUCUGCAUUCACCUCCCAAGUGCUGGGAUUACAGGCAUGAGAUACCAUGCUUGGUUUAUGUGAUGUUGGGGAUGGAACCCUGGGCCGCAUGCAUAGUAGACAAGUACUGUACCAACUGAGUUGCAUUUGCAGUGAAAUUCAUUCAUGGCUUUAAAACAUGUUCUCUUAUAACCCUUUAAAGCAGCUGUAGACAUACCAUUUCUCAAGCCAGUUUCAGGCAGGAAGUUGAAGGUUUUUGAUAUGGAUGGUAACUGUGUUGUGUCUUAAUGUGCUAUCAUAACACAUUCAUUUUCACAGAAUGUAACUCAGAAGUUCAUUUCUUUUUGACUUAAUGCUUAGUUUCAUGGAAAUUUAUAAGUGACAUAUAUUUGGCAUUUAUCUUACAAUCUAAGCCUGAAAAAAAUUCUUAAUUUUCUUUAUACCUAAAACUAGAAUUCUGUCUCCAUUCUGCCCCUUCUAACUCCCCGGAGAGAGGAAGGGAGUGGUGCCUUGGUGUAAGUCAAAAUGUAGUGUUCCUAAAUCCAGGAGAAGAUCACCCGAAUAUGUAGGUUCAAAUGUUUGGAACUCUUAAGAGGAUUCUAUUAGUAAUGUGGGCCAACAGUUGAAUAAAAAUAUAAAUUUAAAAAGCAUUAAUAAAUAACAGCAGGACUGUCAAGCAAAUCUACAAAUGUUCUUGGAACUUUGUUUAUACAAAAUUUAAAAUCAUUGAACUAAAUUUAGAAGGAAUUAAAUGGUCAUUUAUUUCAUGCAAUAUUAUUUAAGAGACAUUUGUUGGUACAUCUGGUGAAAUGUGUUAACAAAUGGUAUUUUUAAAGUUCCAAAAUUAAUAGACCCAUUCUCAGUGAUCUAAAUAAUGGUAUUGGAGAAAUUGAUUCCUGCUAUUUAGAAGAAUUUAUUGAUUCAUUGCUGGUUUGUAUUUCUAACUUAGAGGCUCUACUAUGCUUUGUACUUGAAUUAGUCUAAGUGUAGGCUUAGUAUACUAUAUGCUUGCAUAUUUAUUUUCAACUUUGCUUGUCUUUAAAAUCACUUGAGGAAAAAUGGCUAAUUAAUUUCUGCUACAGAAAAGCCAACUGGUAAAUUUUCUCAAUUGUCUUAAAUGCUAAAGUACAAUGUGGUUCACAGCGGCUUUUACGAUAGCAGAGAACUGUACAAAUAUACAGGUAGCUGUAGUUCUAACUGAAAUGAACUUGCCAUUUGAUGAUGUGUACAGCAAUAUACCUGAGUCCCUUCUAGUUUAUGUAGACUAGCAAUUUGACCUGUUAAACAGGACUAGUUUACUUUGUUGUAUACACCUGGAGGUAUCUGUUAUUCGACUCCGUUUUUUAGUGGGUUUUGGCACAGUGAAGAUAAAUUUGUGUGACCCACUUGAAUGACUGAUCUAACAAUGUUGAUAUGAAUAUUGUAUUUAGUGAAAUGUCAGAUGAAAAUACCUGAUUGAAUAAUGCGGGGAUUUUUGUAUUAAAGGGAUGGGAAAGAACACCUGAAUCUGAUAAUAAAGGACUAUGAUCUACAAAGA